AUGGCACCCACGAAGAUCGAAAAUGACAAUGAUGUUCGGUCUAUGUUUCAUUGUCACGCUUCAUAUGAUUUUUCAGAUGUUAUUGAAUUAUAUGCGUGUAUUUUGGAGGCACGUGAAGAAGAAACACAACCACUGUAUCACGUUGAGCCAUCCCAAACCCAAAGUUAUAUGAGUCAGGAGUCUAUCAUUCCAAUGUCACCACCCCCCUUAACACAAAACGAGCCAUUUCUCCGUGACGAAGAGGUUGGAGACGACAGCGAUGCUGAUGAAGUCAGGUACGUAAACGCUCAAAAUCUUUUUAGCGGCGAUAGUGGAGACUUGGGUGAUGAAAUGAAUGUGGGGCAUCAACAGGUUCCUAUGGAUCUGUAUAAUCCACCACUUCACAUGAGAAAUGUCAGCUUAGAUGAGGAAGACGAUGGUUCAAUAUUUGAAACACCAGUGCCAAUGCAAAUUGAAGGUGGUUUGUUUGGAAUGAAAUUCGCAAGUAAAGAGGAGUGUGUAUUUGCUAUCGCUCAGUACCACAUCAAACACUCUCUUGAUUAUGAAGUUUAUAAGUCUGAUUCUAAAAGAUAUAUAGUCAAGUGUAAGAAUGAAGAGUGCACGUUCAGAUGUAGAGGUACUUUGGGGAAAAUAAGUGGUACGUGGAAGAUCACAAAGGUAAGUGGACAACACACAUGCACUUCGGUUGCGAUUACUCAAGAUCACACAAAACUAAACUCAAACAUCAUCAGUGACAGCAUCAAACGUCUCGUACAAGAGGAUGCCUCGUUGAAGGUUAAACACAUUAUUGCUCAUAUUUGUGAGAAAUUCAACUACACGAUUUCUUACAAAAAAGCAUGGAUUGCGAAGAACAAGGCAAUAGCAUCUACCUAUGGUAAUUGGGAGACUUCCUACAACGACCUUCCGCAGUGGUUAUUGGUAAUGAAAUAUUAUUUGCCAGGUGUCGUAAUCGAUCUAGAGACCCUACCGGCGUUAUCUGAUGACGGGACGCAAAUUGAUGGUUGUAGAAUUUUCCAUCGUCUAUUUUGGGCCUUCCAGCCAUGUAUCAAGGGGUUCUCUUACUGCAAACCCGUUGUGCAAGUUGAUGGGACGUGGUUGUAUGGAAAAUACAAGGGAACCCUGUUACUAGCUGUUGCACAAGAUGGAAACAGGAACAUCUUUCCAAUAGCUUUUGCCUUGGUCGAGGGUGAGACGGGUGAUGCAUGGAGUUUUUUCCUAAGGAAUCUAAGAAUGCAUGUUACGCCGCAACCCAACAUCUGUCUAAUAUCAGACAGACACGUGUCCAUCAAAAGCGCAUAUGAUAACCCAGAAAAUGGUUGGCAAUACCCACCCUCUACGCAUGUCUAUUGCAUAAGACAUAUAGCCCAGAACUUCAUGCGAGAGAUCAGAGACAAGGAGCUUCGCAAAAAAGUUGUUAACAUGGGUUAUGCAUUAACUGAAUCAACCUACAACUACUACAGGGGUGAAAUACGUAUGUCAAAUAUGGAUGCAUACAACUGGGUAGAAAAUAUUCCAAGAGAAAAAUGGUGCAGAGCUUUUGAUGGGGGGCAACGGUGGGGUCACAUGACUACCAACCUAGCAGAAUCAAUGAAUUCAGUCUUGAAGGCCACUCGUAAUCUACCCGUUACAGCAUUGGUAAGAUCUACAUACUUUAGGAUGGGUGAGUUAUUUGGCAGAAGAGGGCACGAAUGGACAAAAAAAUUGGGUUCUGGACAACAAUAUACAAAAAGUUGCCUGAAAGGUAUAGAAGAGGAGGUUGCCAAAGCAAGUAGUCAUCACGUUAGGCAAUUUGAUCGUCUACGGUUCUGCUUCUUGGUGGAGGAAACUAUGAACCAUAAUGAGUGUCGACCGACUCGUCAUUUCAACGUUGACCUUAAAAAUCAAACGUGCGAGUGUGGAAAAUUUCAAACAUUUCAUGUGCCUUGCUCGCAUGUCAUUGCAGCGUGCGCGAGCAUACAUCAGGACUAUACCGUGCAUAUAGCUGAUGUCUUCAAGGUCGUUAACGUGUUUAAGGUCUAUGAAGAAAGUUUUAUAGGGGUGGGGACUGAGGCUGACUGGCCUCGAUACAAAGGAGAUACUCUUUGCCACAAUGACACCAUGAGAAGAAGAAAGAAAGGUCGCCCAAACAGUGCCCGCAUACGAACAGAAAUGGAUGAUUAUGAGAAGGAAAAAAGAAGAUGUGGUAUUUGUCGCGAGUUCGGACAUUAUCGCAAGACAUGUCCAAACCGAGCUGGACCAUCAUCUUAG